ACUCUUGACUCACAACUGCCUACAGCCAGACAGCCGCGCGCCUUCAACAGCUGAUCUGAUCAGUGGAAGAAAAGAAAAAAAAAUAACAACAAACAAGAAAAACUCGCCAGCAUAUUACGAGAAAUACCGCUAUCAACACGCUUAGCGCCGCGCAAAAAAUAGCAAAUGAGAAUGAGAAAACACUAAAUAAAACAAAAAAAACAAGAAAAAACAUUUGUGUAAACGCCAGUUAUUUUAGUAGAUUACAUUUAUUACAGUGAUUUAGUAAAUGAAAAAAUAAAAACGCGCCAAGUUACAAAAUAAAGGAAUAAACGAAGAGUGAGGUAACGCGAAAAAAUUGCAAAUAUUUUAAAAUAAAAACUAAGAAGAAAACAAAGUUUGCAGAGUUUGGAAAAAAUAAAAAUAAAAAUUAGCUCAAAAAUAUUUACACCACUUAGACACUUACGCUUUUGCGAAGUGUGAAGUGAUUUGCAAUUGUAACAAGCUUCGCUCAAAUAGUUUUUUUUGUAUUUCGUUAAUUUACACUCAUACCAAAAAAAAAGCUUUAAUAAAGUAGUGUGAUGAUGUCGUCAUCAAAUAGCCUGCUGCAACGUUUGCUUGCCAAACAAAACAAUAACAGCAACAACAACAACUACGUAACACAACAUUUAACGUGGCUAACAUAUCUUACAAUGCUGCUGAUGCUCUUCGAUAUGCAGUUCAAGCGUGCGGAAGCGCUUAAAGUUACGCCCAAAAUGAUAUCCAAUCACAAUUACCCAGUCGAAGAACACAUAGUUCAUACACCAGAUGAUUACAUACUCACAGUUUACCGAAUACCCGAUUCGCCAAAACUGCGUAGGACAGCGAAUUCGACUGCUAUUGCGCGCACCUCCAAACCGGUCGUCUUUCUUCAGCAUGGUAUUCUUUGCGCCUCGGACGAUUGGAUACUCAACGGUCCAGAUACAUCGCUGGCAUAUAUGUUCGCCGAUUCGGGUUAUGAUGUGUGGCUGGGCAAUGCGCGUGGCAAUACCUAUUCACGCCAACACAAACACAAGCAUCCAGAUUCAUCAGAUUUUUGGAAUUUCAGUUGGCAUGAAAUCGGCGUCUACGAUUUGGCUUCAAUGUUGGAUUAUGUGCUGGCUGUAACGAAUGAAACUGCAGUGCAUUUUGUUGCGCACUCACAAGGUACAACCACAUUCUUCGUGCUCAUGUCCACACUGCCUUGGUACAAUGAGAAGGUGAAGACAGUGCAUCUGCUGGCGCCUAUCGCCUUUAUGCGCAAUCAUUCAUUUAUGCUCUCCAAAUUGGGUGGGCUCAUUUUUGGUUAUCCAUCCUUCCUGAGUUGGGUGAUAGGCGGUAUGGAGCUGCUGCCAAUUACCAGUGUACAGAAGCUUUUGUGUGAAUACGUGUGUUCGGUGGAGUCUUCAUUCCGAUUUUUGUGUUCGGGGAUUUUGGAUUUCAUCGGCGGCUGGGGGACGCGACAUUUGAAUCAUACACUGCUGCCACACGUCUGUGAGACUCAUCCCGCUGGUGCUUCGACCACGCAAAUCAUUCACUACCUCCAGCUAUACAAUUCGGGUGAUUUCCGCCAAUACGAUCAUGGCAUCGAAUUGAAUAAGAAGUAUUAUCAACAAGAAACACCACCAUCAUACAAUGUCCAUCAGAUCUCUAGUUGUGUACAUAUGUAUUAUAGCAACAACGAUUACAUGUCCGCCGUCGAAGAUGUAGAAUAUUUGGCGACACUAUUACCUUGCGCGGAGCUCUAUCGCAUACCCUAUGAAGACUGGAACCACUAUGACUUUUUGUGGUCGAUAAAUGUUAAAGAAGUGAUAAACGAUAGAAUUAUCGAUAAAAUUGCCAGGCAUGAAAUGGAAAAUUUAUGAGAUUUACAUAGUAUAUACAUAAGUAUUUGUUUCCUCGGUUUCAUGAAGCAAACACACGUAGUCAAAUUAUGUGGUAUAUUACUUUAAGUGACGAAUGUAAAUAUUUUUAUUAUAUUUUUAUUUUUUUUUUUUAAUUUGCGUAUAAUUUUAGUAUUAUUUCACUAAUUAAAGAAAGAAGAAAAACGAAAAGAACGAGAAUUUUUUAUAUAAAAAAUAUAUAUGUACAUAUGCAUAUAUAUA